AUGAGUGGUGUUCCCAAGAUAUCUCACGAAGAGGGUGUUGUUACUCAUCCAUCAUCAUCAAAAUACCCUCACGAGGAUUCAGUUUCUUCUUACCCUAAAUCCACUCCUGCUGCUGCUGCUGCUGCUUAUGAGGCUGAAUCAAGAACCGUCAAGGGUCCAAGAAGUGAGCCUAGAGAUGGAGAGAGACGCUCUCCUAUUCAAGCCGUGGUUUCUAGGUCUCCAUCCCUGCCAGCGUCGGUUUCUUCAAGUGGUCCCCAUUUGAAUCACCCCCCUGUGCUGUUGGAGUCGAGAGAUGAUAUUAAGGAUGCCACCAGGGUUGAGGCCAGAGAAAACAGAAGUGAUGGGAGAGAGAUACAUGGUGAGGCCAAGAGAGAGAUUCAGGGUCCUAAGGGUGGGAGGGAUGCCAAGUUUGAGAGAUCAGCAGAUGACUUUAGCGGAAAAGGUAAUACCGGAAGCUAUAGUAGGAAUGAUGGGAGAGAUAUAUAUGAUGAAGCGAAGAGGGAGAUUCAGAGUGAUAGAGAUGCUAAGUCUGAGCGUCUAGGUGGUGAUUCUAGUGGAAAAAGUAAUACUAGGGAUCCAAAACUCGAUAGGGCGAAUCAGAACUACAAUGACCAGAAGGCUGAGACUAAGAUGGAAAAGGACGGGCAUGCUCACUUGGCUUGGAAAGAGCACAAGGAUUACCAUCGAGGGAAGAGAGCGGAAGAUUUAUCGGUGCCUGUGGAGGGACCACAUUUAGAAGGGCUUGGAGAAAACAAGGUUGAUGCAAAAUGCGAAGAUAGAUUCAAGGACAAGGAUAAGAAAGGAAAAGAUUUAAAGGAACGGGAAUGGGGUGACAGAGAGAAGGAUAGAAAUGACCGCAGAGGAUAUGUACUUGCUGGUAGUGUCAUGAGCGAAACCAAAGAUAUUGGAAGAGAAGAAAGAGAAGCCAAUAGGUGGGAGCGAGAGAGGAUGGAGCAGAAUGAUCGAGAAAGGAAUAAGGAGAAGAAGAAGAGUAAUGCUGCAAAAGAAGUCUUACAGAAUGAGAAAGAGCUGGGUGAAGCAUCUGCCAAACCUGCAGAACAAGAAUAUGUGGCACCUGAGCUGAAGAAGCAGAACGAACAGGAGGAUGGGGAAAAACAUGAAAGGGAAUCAAAGGACAAAAGGAGAGAGAGGGACGGUGAUUCCGAAGCAGAAAGAGCUGAAAAACGCAGCAGAAUCAGUGAAAAGGAAUCUGAAGAUGAUGGUUGUUUGGAAGGUGAAGGAGCUGCAGAGAGGGAAAAAGAUGCAUUCAAUUAUGGAGUUCAGCAACGGAAGAGAAUAAUGAGACCGAGAGUCAGUCCACAAACCACAAACCGCAACCGUGUCCGUUCAAGGAGCCAGGACAACCAAGGGGUACAAGGUAAUCAUUCGGGUCUUUUCUUGAAGAAAGGAUUGAGUUGCACUGCUUGGAGAACAAUAGUAAAAAUAACUUUGGUUAAAUUUUCAUUCGGUUUUACAUGUGCAUUGAUAGUAGUCAUCUAA